GUCAGGGCGGCGGGUGGACCCGGAGGGGCGGGGCCAAGGCGCGCGGCGCGGCGGGGCGGGGCGGGGAGGGGAGCACCUGCUCUCACCUCACGCGAGCCGGGGAUUUCCUCCGGCCCCACCCGCUGGGGAAAGUGAAAGUGAAAGAGAGGAAGAAGAGGCUUCGGGACUAAGAAGGUCGCGCUGCCAUGAAGACCCUAUCCCUGCUCUUCCUUGUGUCCCUGGGUUUGGCGACCUCCGUCUCAGCUGGUCCCGCAGCGAUAGAGUGCUGGUUCGUGGAAGAUGCAGGCGGGGGGCGCCUGGUCAAGAAACCCGCAGCCCUGCUGCUGCGCCAGGGCCCGGGAACUGUCCCUGCUCGGCCUGACCUCGACCCCAAGUUCUACCUCAAAGUGCACGACCCCGCGGGCGCCUUCCAGGCGGCCUUCAAGCGGUACCCCCGGGAGGUCCCCCAGCCGCACUGCGAGAUGAGCUACUACAUGCCGCUGCCCACCUCGGCCAGCUGGGCCAGCGGCCUGACCCCCGAGCGCAAGUGCCCGCGUGCCCUGGACGGCACUUGGUUCAUGGUCAGUGUGUCCAGCCCGACUGUUAGCCUCUCCAGCCUCAUGCGACCUCAGUCCGAGCCUCAGCAGGACCCUGUUCCCUUCACCAUGGCAACAGCUGUGCUGACUGUCUUCUCCCACACUCCCACCUCUCGAGUCCAGCUAGGACAAGAUGCUCUUCUGGACUUGAACUUUGCCUACAUGGCCCCCAACCCCGAGGCUGAUACAUCUCUGGCCUUAGGUCCUCCUCCCUUUGGGCUGGAGUGGCGACGCCAGCACCUGGGCAAGGGGCACUUGCUCCUGGCUGCAACACCUGGGCUGAAUGAGAAAAUGCCAGCUGCUCAAGAGGGGGCAGUGGCAUUUGCUUCUUGGGAUGAUAAUGAAUCAUGGGGUCCAUGGACUGGAAAUGGGACCCUCUGGCUACCCGCAGUGCAGCCCUCCCAGGAAGGGACCUAUCUGGCCACCAUACACUUGCCAUACCUACAAGGGCAGGUCACCCUGGAGCUUGCUGUGCAGAAACCCCCCAAAGUGUCUCUGACACCAGCACCUAUUGUAUGGGCUGCCCCUGGUGAGGCACCCCCAGAAUUGGUCUGCCAAGUGUCCCACUUCUACCCAUCAGAGGGCCUGGAGGUAGAGUGGGAGCUCAGGGGUGGCCCAGAGGGCAGCUACCAGAAAGCCAAGGGGCAGCAUUGGCUCUCCGCUCUGCGGCAUCACUCAGAUGGGUCCAUCAGCGUCUCCUCACACCUGCGGCCACUCCCUGUCACUGCUAAACACCAUGGAAUGCGCUAUGCCUGCCGAGUCCACCACUCCAGUCUGCCAGCUCUGGGUCGCAGUGCACAGAUCACUCUGGAGGUGGCAGGUCUCUCUGCGCCCUCUUUGGAGGAUGGUGUUGGCCUCUUCCUGUCUGCCUUUCUCCUCCUUGGGCUCAUCAAAGCCCUGGGCUCGAUUGCUGCUUACCAAUCUGCUUCCAGGGACUCAUAAAAGAAGAAAGAAGAGUGAGAUCAGUCAUCACCAUCCUGGGGCAAUCACUAUCAUCUCUACCUGGGCUAGGGAUAGCUCCUAAGCAACUUCUUCAAAAAGUAUGCCAUUACUUUCUGCUUGUGCUCCCUCUAGCCUCUCUCCACUGAGUGGCUGGAAUUUUUUUUUUUAAUUUUGAUUAUCUUUAUUUUAUUAUUGGAUAGAGACAGACAGAAAUCUAGAGGGAAAGGGGUGAUAGAGAGGGAGAGAUUCAGAGAGACACCUGCAGCCCUGCUUCAUCACUUGCAAAGCUUUCCCUCUGCAGGUGGGGACUGGGGCUUGAACCCUGGUCUUUACACAUUUACCAUGUGCACUCCAUCAGGUGCAUCACCACUCAGCUCCCUGGAAUUUUUCUUUCUUUCUUUUUUUUUUUUUUAAGACACAAGUAUAAGGCAUUCAUCUUCUUAGAGCUUUAGAGCAGUAGUUCUCAAAUGUUUGAUCUUGGGACGACCUCUUCAAAAUUAUCAAGGACAUGGGGCCGGGCAUGGUGCAGCUGGUUAAAUGCACACAUUACCAAGUGCAAAAUUAUCAAGGACUCCUUUCACUCUUGCAUGUGAAGGUUAUUGUGCUAAAACAUCAAAGUGAGAAAACAACUUAAAACUGAUGUGGGAAAUAAAACUAAAACACAAGACCAUAUAAGGAAACGUUCCACUAGCUCUGAGGGUAAUGAUAUCAGUGCACAUCUUGUAACUUCUAGGAAACACUUGUCUAUUCCUGAAGAAUGAAAGUGAAAAGGACAGUGGUCUGGGAGGUGGUGCAGUGGAUAGAGCACUGGACUCUCAAGCAUAAGGUCCUGAGUUCAGUCCUUGGCAGCACAUGUACCAGAGUAAUGUCUGGUUCUUUCUCUCUCCUCCUUUCUCAUCAAUAAAAUAUUUUUAAAAA